AUGCUGAAAAAUGCAUCGAUAUCGUGGCUGCUUCCCCCAAAUGCGCCAGACAGCGGAACGUCGAGUGUCAUUCCGCAUUCCACCAAGAAUGAGUUCACCAAGCAUCAUGAUUGGACACAGCACGUGCUCAGUGGGAUCCGAGACUUUCUACAUGUCCUGUCGCCAGAGGGUACGAUACUCCAUGCGUCGUCGUCGAGCAAGCACGUCGUCGGGUACGAGCCUACUCGGCUCCUGGGCCGUUCCGUCGGGGAACUCAUCCACCCUGAGGAUUUCCACAUGUUCACCAAGGACUUCCACGAAUCGAUCCUGUACGGCAGUGUCUUCCGGUCCAUAUAUCGGUUCCGCAGCGCAGAGCAUGGAUGGAUCAUACUCGAUGCGCGAGGCCGCCCGUACUGGGCAGACGGUCCCAACCAGGUGACUUGCCCUUCGACGAUAGCAGCGAAACGGCAACUGGUCAUCACGGCUCGUCCGUAUCUUACCAAGGCGGGUGUUCUGGCGGAUUCGUUCGUGGAGCAGGAGAUCCUGCAAGAGCGCCUCACGAGACAGAUCGAGGAACUGAGGGGUGAAGAGCACGAAGAAGAGAGCGAAGAGGAGGAAGAGGAAUCGCAAUGGGCGAGGGAAGGAGAUAUGUCGUCGAAUGCCUCGGUGAUACGGUUCCGGUCGGGAGAAGAGAUAUGGGCUGCAACGCCGUCAUCGAUGAGUGUGGCUUCACAUCGACUGUCUCCGGGUCCAUAUAAUGCCGCCCAUGAUGAAUGCUCUCCAGUUUCAAAUCCACCGGGGCGUUUCGGACAGGAGACCAACAGCCACAGCUACAUCCAAAAGAAGCAGUCGAGAGAAACAACCACCGCGACGAGCAAUCCCAUGAUCGGUGAUGCUGGCAUCCCGAUAGCCAACCCCAACAAAGUCCGGACAUCUUCGAAACCCUGGAUAAAGAAGCCGAGGAGAUGCAGUGAAUCCAAGAAGGAGCUGCAUAUUUGCUUGUUCUGCAGCACGAUAGAGUCUCCGGAAUGGAGAAAGGGUCCCAAUGGACAGAAGACGCUUUGCAAUGCGUGCGGAUUGCGCUGGUCCAAGGCGAUGAGGAAGUCUAGUCUCACGAGCAAGGGAGAGACGGGUACCGUUUCCUCGAUAACGUCUGUUUGA